AUGAAAAAUUCGUCGUCUCGCGGCUACAAUAAAAGGCGCUCGAGGUUUUGUUUGUUUGUCGAGGUUGUCCUCGAGGGUCGAUCGAGAGCUUCUUUUUUUGCGACGAAAUCAGCCUCGGGGGGAACGCGCAGUCUAAAGCAGUGUCGCGACGAGACGCGCCUUCGAGCCCUCUUGGAUCAAUCGCAGCCGCAGAAGGAGCAAGCAGCAAGCAGCAGGAAGCAGGAAGCAGCCACGGGAAGGAGCCACAGGAUUACGACAUGGGGUGACAAGGCCCAGAAGGGGGGCGCCUGGAGCCUAGCGACCAAUGAUGUUGCGCCCGCUGUCCCGGUAGGUGCGCCAUCCAUUGCGAGCCAUCUCAGCUCCCCCAACCUCGACGAUAAUUCUCCCUCUCAAUCUUUUUGGCCAUCUGCCGAUUUCCCACCUCAGCCAAUCGCAACUGCGCCAGAGCUGCCAUCGACAAUUGAGGAAUUUCAGACAUGCUGGCGUGAUCCAACAAAGCCUCGACCAACCCUCUUCCACUCUCUCUUCUUACUCUUCCCUCUCAACCGUCCCUCUCCAAUUUACGCACACGCCGAAUCGCAGUCGGAUCGACGCUCUCUACUCGAGUAUGGGAGGACUACUGUUGCUGCUCUUGCUGAGCCUUCAGCUCCUAGCCAGGCGACGGUCAUGGCCUUGGCGUCCUUCUUCGCCGGCUCAAUACCACUCGCGAUAACCCUCACACAGUCGCAACUCCGAUUGAUAUCAAGCGUGGGAGUCGGUAUAUUGGUCGGGACAUCUAUGAUUGUCAUCAUACCCGAAGGUAUCGAAGCUGUCACAACCACCGGCGGGCACUCGCAUAGCAAAAGGAGCUUGGUGGAUGCGGCUGGAAAGCAAGGGAGGCCCGCUAUUCGAUGGGUGACAGACGGAGAAAUACCCCAGUUGGCAGACACUGUCAGCUCUGUGCGGAUUGUUGAAGAAGAGCUUCAUGCCAUUGGCCGUGAUGUGGAACACACUGCAAAGCUGCACAGUCGGGAGGAGCAGGACGAGCAUGGCCACGAGCAACCCCCGGCAGCCGCCCCCGGCCCCGAACCUCAUCACGAUGAGCCGAAGCACGAGAACGAGGUACCGACCUUCUACAUCGGCCUGUCCAUGAUCCUCGGCUUCGUUCUCAUGUACCUCAUCGACAGGCUGCCCCGUCACGCAGCAGGCGGCAGCGGAUCAGAGCCGCAGAUGCGUCACGUCAGUCUGGAUAACCUUGGUGGUUCAUCGAGCGUUGGCGACGAGGAAACGGAAGGCUUCCUCGGGCCUCUUGCGCCCCCACCAAAACAAUCUCGAAGCCUAGCAACUACCAUCGGUCUGGUGAUCCAUGCCGCAGCGGACGGCAUUGCCAUGGGCGCGUCCACGUCCACGUCAAACACCAAGUUGGGGCUUAUAAUAUUCGUCGCCAUUAUGGUCCACAAGGCGCCCGCAGCAUUUGGUCUGACAUCGGUGCUUCUGAAGCAGGGAUUGUCCAAACGAACGGCGCGAGGACAUCUCAUCGUCUUCAGCCUCGCUGCCCCUUUUGGAGCUCUUAGUACCUGGGCCAUCAUUCGAAUCUUGGGCGGUGGAAAUUUUGAGGGAGAAUCUGGUCAGUGGUGGACGGGUAUGCUUCUGCUCUUCUCAGCAGGAACGUUUCUGUUUGUUGCGAUGCAUGCCAUGCAGGAAGACGGCAGCUCUCCUAAGCACGAACACGGCGGCAUGAACGGCUUUUCCGACGGAAAUGGCACACAAAGAGGCCAGCAGAGGCCGCAGAUGCGUGAUACUUUUGCGACAGUUGCUGGCAUGCUCCUGCCGCUUCUUACCCAGUUUGGACAUCACCACUGA